CUCCUGGAAGACAGGCUCUGACCUCAAGAACGGGCCACCAGCCCUCUCCCUCAGGCAGAAACCUCCGCUUGAUCUUGCAGAAUCCCUGCAGGAAGGAGCUGGCCUCUCGUGACACUAACUGUGCAGACCGAAGGUGCUUCUAGAAGUCACAUGAAGUAAGCAGGGCACUGGAAUGGGUCCUCAGACCGAAAGUGCAGCCUGGGAGUCGGAAGCCCGGGAGGUGGAGACGUGGUUCCUUGUGCAGGACACAGGAGAGCUUUGUGCCCGAAGCAAGGACGCGCCCUGCUCCUCCGCCUCUCCAUCCUCCCACGGUCCGGCAGCAUGCACAGGCUCUUCUUUGGCGCUCUGCUCAUUACUGCAUUGGCACAGCUAUGCUGCAGGGCUCAGGACACUGUGCCAUCAGAAGCAUCACAAGUGCGCAAACAAGUCUGUCACUGGCCCUGCAGAUGUCCUCCUCAGAAGCCCAGUUGUCCUCCUGGGGUGAGCUUGGUGAGGGAUGGCUGUGGAUGCUGCAAAAUCUGUGCCAAGCAACGAGGAGACAUGUGCAAUGAGGCUGACCUCUGCGACCCACACAGAGGGUUAUACUGUGACUACUCGGCUGACAAGCCUAGGUACGAGACGGGAGUGUGUGCAUAUCUUGUGGCUGUCGGAUGUGAGUUCAACAGGGUCCAUUAUCAGAAUGGCCAAGCGUUUCAGCCCCACCCGCUGUUCAGCUGCCUCUGUGUGGGUGGUGCCAUUGGAUGCACGCCCCUCUUCAUACCUAGGCUGGCUGGCAGCAAUUGUUCUGGUUCAACCAACUGUGGCCUGGGACCACUGCAACCGGGGCGCUCAGCAGGCUACAGAGCAGUGCCAGCUUACAGGAACCUGCCGCUUACGUGGAAAAAAAAAUGCCUUGUGCAAGCAACCAAGUGGACUCCCUGCUCCAGAACGUGUGGGAUGGGAAUUUCUAAUAGGGUAACCAAUGAAAACAGCAACUGUGAAAUGAGAAGCGAGAAGAGGCUAUGCUAUAUUCAGCCCUGCAACAGCAAUAUAUCAAAGGCAGUGAAGAUCCCCAGAGGAAAAACGUGUCAACCCACUUUCCAACUCUCCAAAGCUGAAAAGUUUGUUUUUUCUGGAUGCUCAAGUACUCAGAGUUACAGACCCACCUUCUGUGGGAUAUGCCUGGACAGGAGGUGUUGUGUCCCCAACAAGUCUAAAAUGAUCACCGUUCAGUUUGACUGUCCCAGGGAGAGGUCAUUUCAGUGGCCCAUGCUCUGGGUCACAUCCUGUGUGUGUCAGAGAGACUGCAGAGAACCAGGAGAUACAUUUUCUGAGCUCAGGCUUCUAUAGAGUCAAACACACAGGGGAAAGUUUAAGGCUAAGUCAUUCACAUCACAUAAUCAAAAAACUAAAGUAGCUAUAAAAGGGUAAAAGUUUAUUUAAUGGAUUUAAAACAGAAAGAACCACUAGUCAUUCUUUGGUUGCUUUAUUUUUGAUAUCACAAGUUUCUAAAAAAUAUUCUAAUAAAACAAAAAGGAAUGACUGAAAAAAUUUAAAUACAACUCAUUUCCUGAGCAUAUCCUAUAAUUAUAUAAUAUAUACAUACAUGGUACCAUAUAAUGAUUCCAUAUAUAAUAAAAAUACAAUUUACAAGAAAAUAUUUUAUAUAGAUAUAAAAAGACAUAAUUUAAAAUUUUAUUCUGUACUUGGCAAUGCAGUCUAUCAGAUCCUAUUACAUGAUAAUUAGUGGGAAAGCAAGAUUCUUAAAAAUAAGAUGCUAUAACUAUAAGUUUCAUUGCCAUGUUCUCAGUAUCAGUUAAGAUUCUUCUAGGAAGGAGAAAACGGAACGUCUGGGACUACUGUUAAUAACUGUAAUAUUGCAGUUUUAUAUCAAAUACUGUUGGGGAAGUCCUGUUAUUUGUCAAUAAAGUACUGUUGAGCCUAUAGAAAACCUAGAUAGGAGGGACUAGGAGUCGAGGAGGAUUCUGGGAAAGAAAAAGACAAGAGAGUUCGAGAUGUAA